GCGGCGCCUCAGUUUCAAACCACCGAACGCGCAUACCGAAUCCGCGACCCUCAGUUUCGCCCGCAUCCGCAGCAGCACCGGCCAGAUGAUCACAGGAAUUGGGUGAAUGCUUGCUCUCGGCCGCCGCCUCAGUGUGAGCGAUUUACUGUACUGGCGUACAAUAUUCUCGCGGACUACCUUGCAAGAGAUCAUCGUUCCAAGCUAUAUUUUCAUAUUCCUCAUCACAUUUUGGAUUGGGAGUGGCGAAAGAAAAGGCUGUUCUUGGAGUUUGGAUUAUGGUCUCCUGACAUCAUGUGUCUUCAGGAGGUUGAUAGAUUUCAUGACUUGGAGGAGGAACUAACGAUUCGAGGAUAUGCUGGUAUUUGGAAGAUGCGCACUGGAAAUGCUGUUGAUGGAUGUGCAAUUUUUUGGCGAACAAACAGGUUCCAGCUGCAACAUGAAGAGCAUAUUGAGUUUAACAAACUUGGACUGCGAGAUAAUGUUGCCCAGAUUUGUGUUUUGGAGUCAAGGAAUCAAAAUCCAGUUGAUAAGCUAUCUACAGCUCCUGCAAGCUCUGAUCAAUCAAGAGGAGUUAACCAGAUUGUUAUUUGCAACAUUCAUGUGCUGUACAAUCCAAAAAGGGGAGAAAUGAAGCUUGGACAGGUUAGGAUGCUCCUUGAUCGAGCAUAUGCUGUCUCUAGAAAUUGGCAUAAUGCUCCAGUCAUAGUUUGUGGAGAUUUUAAUGCUACUCCCAACAGUCCCCUCUACAAAUUUAUAUCUGAACAGAAGUUAGAUUUGUCUGGACUUGCUCGGGAUCAGAUAUCAGGACAGCGUGCUUCUACUAUAUAUGCACCACGGGCAUAUGUUGGUUCACGUUUAUAUAGACCGCAGCAGACUGUAGAUAAUGGCACUGGGGCAAUGGAUAUUGAGGAAGGCAGCAGUUUAAAGAGAAUUGAUGUUAAUCAAAACCAUCAGAAUGAUAUUGAGACUUCAUCUGCACAAGAAAAGCUGGAUCAUGGAGGACAUAGCAGCACCAUUCAAACAGAUCAUUCUGUUCAGAGUACGUUGAGUGCUUUUCAUUCUCAAUCAAAUGAAGGCAUGUCAAAUGAAUUAAUUAAUAAUAACCCAGAUUCAUCAUCUGACAAGGAGCUGGCUCAGGAAUCCAAAGAUCUCUUACAUGGAGAAAUAAAUGUAUCCAACUCUGAGUUACUAAAUAUGGUUGUACCCAUGACAGAUGAAGAUUUAACUGAUGCUGCUAUUUUUAAAGAGAAUUUAAAUCAGGAUCUACCUUUCAAAGAUAAUCAAUCUUAUACAUCUCCAGCAAAGACUAUGUUUUCCGAGGAUUUACUUGACAGGAAGCUUCACAAUGAUUCCAGUAUCUCUAUGACAUUCUUUGAUAUGGCUUCAGGGGUUUCAUGUUCCAUAUCUGAAGCGUCUUUACUAGAGAACAUUGAUGCAUCACCUGCUCUGGCCACUGAAGAGAGAGUCGGUGCUGAUAUUUCAUGUCAAAGUACUAGCAGAAUGGAACAACUAAAUUCUCUUAAUGAAGUUGACAAAACAAUGAUGGAAAGUUUGGAUUCCAGUGGAGAUUUUGGGAAUACUAGCUCAGGCGAAAUGAAGCCCUGCUCUGAAAACAAUGCCACUUUGGAUGUAGAUAAUCACAACAUAUGUAUAGACUCAAAUCCUGAAGAAUCAAACACAAUCUUCGAUAAAGCUGUAUCUGGAGGUGAAUCUUACAUGGAACACUUGGAGGAUCAUGGUGAUGUUAGUCAGGACGCUAGCGAGAUUGACAAUUUAUGCGGUCCAGAGGAAAAUCCAGACCCUAAUUUUCUCAGGGAGCUUCUUGGAACAGAGGAUGCAGAUGCAGAGCAGCAUCCAUUUAUAUCUAAGAUUCAGGAUGAUUUCUGCAGCACAGCUGCUAACAUGGCAUAUUCUUACAAUCCAUAUUUAUGGACUCCCAGCGAAAUUGAGGCUGCAUCAGGAAAUCCAGAAUGCAAUUUGGUUGAACAUAGAUUGAAGCUUAGGAGUGCGUAUACUGAUGUAGAGGAUAAAGCGGGGACUAAGGACUCGAACAGGGAACCAGAAGUCACCAGUUAUAAUAGGCUGUUUAUGGGCACAGUCGACUAUAUAUGGUGUUCCGAAGGCCUUCAGACUGUCAAAGUACUCGAUACAAUUCCGAAACAUAUUUUACGAAGGACUUCUGGAUUUCCAACGCGAAGAUGGGGAAGCGAUCAUCUGGCCUUAGCUUGUGAGCUGGCAUUUACUAACGGUGUUGAAUCCAUAAAGUAGGCAUUGUAUUCUGACAACCGAUAUUUCCAUGAAUAAUCUGCUGAGUUGUCGCUGCUGCAACUGGAAAAAAAAUUCUGAUUGUAUAACUGGGAAGCUGUAUAUACAAUUGUAUAUAUAUCUCGUGUUAUUUCUAUGCUUGGAUUUCUGUUACAAGGAUUCAGCAAUGGAUGUCAAGCUGAGUUUAUGUUCAUUAGCCUAUGGCCACAGCUAGCUACUGUUUUUUAUAAGGAUUUAUAAUUUGUUUGUAUAAUUGGUAGAUUAAUCCUUUCUUCCGGAUUUAGACCCAUGCGUGUAAUUAAAGAGGAGGAAGCGAUCAGGAUUUACGUUUUCCUCUACGAUAA